CCCAAAAUAACCUUUCUAAUAAGUCAGACGCAAGGGUGGGGUUUCUCUCCAGCACGUUUGUGAGAUAAAAAAUGUCAACAAUCCCACAAUGAAGCAGCCUGAAGAGUUUGAAAAGGUGUUCAUCCCCACCUGUUGGCUUACGGUCUGUUUCCUUCAAGGUCCCUUCCUUUCUUCAUGUACAGUGCACAUUGAGUAUGCACACGCCUUUAAUGCGUUUCAGCCAUCCAUAGUCACACAGUUUGAUUGCCUAAGGAAUGGUUUAAGAACAUACUUCCCUGUCGUAUCUGCUCUUUCAGUUCUUAGUAUGCUUAUAUCUGGAGCUCUGGUUCUAGUGAUCAUUACUGAAUGUGAAUGCAGAGCAGGGGCUAUAGUCAUUAUUCUAGAUUCAUUAUUCUGAAGCAAUAGCAUGACUUGAAAUUCCUUAACAAAUAAUGAACAUUGCGAACUCAGAAGAAAACUGAACAUGCUGAGUCGACCGAGUGGACUUGCAGUGGAUGAUUCUAAACUUGAUGGACCUUUAUUACAGAUUUUAUUUAUGAACAAUACUGUUUCAAAGCAAUAUCAUCAAGAAAUAGAGGAUUUUAUAUCUAGUUUAGUUCAAAGAUAUGAGGAGCAACAGAGAGCGGAAUCUGACAAGACCUACUUCAAUGUUAAGCCUCAGCCUUCUAGUUUUGUGUUGGAAGAAGAUCAUAAAGCGACCGACUCAACUAUGUCCAAAAAAAUCAAGGAAGCUUUUAGUGUUGUAGGAAGUGUUCUCUAUUUUACCAAUUUUUGUCUUGAUAAACUGGGGCAGCCUAUAUUAAAUGAAAAUCCUCAGCUGACAGACGGAUGGGAAAUACCCAAAUACCAGCAAGUUUUCACGCAGAUUCUUUCUCUAGAUGGACAAGAGAUACAAGUAAAGUCUAAAAGCAGGCCGAAACCUCACUGCUUCAACUGUGGCUUUGAAGACCACCAAAUGAAAGAUUGUCCACAGCCACGAAAUGCUGCCCGUAUAAAUGAAAAAAGAAAACAGUUUAUGGAUGCUUGUGGAGAAGCAGGCAACCAAAACUUCCAGCAGCGCUAUCAUGCAGAUGAGGUUGAAGAAAGGUUUGGAAGAUUCAAGCCAGGAAUAAUUAGUGAGGAACUUCAAGAUGCCCUUGGUGUCACCGACAAGAGUCUCCCUCCUUUCAUCUAUCGCAUGCGGCAGCUUGGUUACCCCCCAGGUUGGCUGAAAGAGGCUGAAAUGGAAAAAUCUGGACUAACACUCUAUGAUGGGAAAGCAUCUCCUGGUGGUGAAACAGAGGAGGAAGAAUAUUGCCAACAGAACCGAUGUGUCACUUAUGAUGUCUCCAAGUUGAUAAAUUAUCCAGGUUUUAAUAUGUCCACUCCAAAUGGAGUAGCAGAUGAAUGGAGGAUGUUUGGUUCAGUACCUCUUCAGCCAUCUCAGCAGAAGGAUAUCUUUGCCCACUACCUUUCUGCUUAUCAUUUGGGAAGUCCAAAGCCCAGCAAUAAAAGGCCUUCAUCUCACCAGAGCUCUCAUCAUUCAAAAAGACAGAGAGGAAGCAACGUUGAAGUAUCAUCAGCUGACAUGGAGAUGGAUUCUGACUUGGACAUUCCACACAGCUCUCCAGGUUAUGAUGGCUUCCAGUUUCAACCUCCGUUGCCUCCUGGGUCACCGCUGAACGCAACUCCUCCCCCAUUGCCACGAGGUACCCCACCAUGUACCCCACCCAACUUUACCCCUCCUCGGCCUCCUGCCUGUACACCACCACCACUUCCCCGUGAUACUCCCCCUUUGACACCUUCCGAUGAUUCUGCUCCGCUGAAAACAGAGGGCUCCGCCAUGGAUGAAGACACGUUGACCCUGGAAGAGCUGGAAGAGCAGCAGCGUCUCAUUUGGGCAGCCCUGGAGCAGGCCGACAGUGCCACCAGUGACUCCGACAUCCCUGCCGGGACCCCUUUAACAGGGAACUCUGUAGCGUCAUCGCCCUCUAGAGUUGAGCCAGAAGUUCUCGUGGAAGAAGUUACGUGCAAGACGUUGGAUGCCUCGGAACCUGGACUUUCAGAAAACAGCGAGCAGAUACUCAAAGCUGAAGAGUCUGAAACCAAACAGAUUUCAGUUAAUGAACUGGUUGAUCUCACAGAAGAGCCUGAAAAUAAACAGAUUUCAGCUGAUGAAUUAGUUGAUUUAACAAAAGGGGAAGAUUCUGAAGACAAAGCAGAGGACUGCCCCUCGGCCUCAGCAUGUGAGGCAAACCACGGGGAAGACUGCGAUGACUCCCCUGUGGUCACCAAUGUUGAGAUGUCGACUAAAAAUGCCAGCCCUGUCCCUGACAUGAGCAAGUUUGCGGCAGGGAUAACGCCAUUUGAAUUUGAUAAUAUGGCCGAAUCAACUGGGAUUUACCUCCGAAUAAGAAGCGUGCUAAAGAACUCUCCUAGAAACCAGCAGAAGAACAAGAACCCUUCCGUUUAAUUGUCCUGCUCCUGCAGCAGGGUUUCACCCAAAAGAAACCAGCCGUGCCCAUUAACAUGGGAUGCUGCUCUGAAUUAUAUGAAAACGCCAAGUUAAGAACAGACACAUAGAAAGCAGAUGCUUUGUUCUUCCUAAAAUGGUGUGAUUUAUUUUUCAAAGUCCAGUGUACAGGGGCUUCCAUUUUGACUUUAGGACCAAUUGCAGCCUAAAGACAAAUGUUUUCACUAAGAAAGAGCUACUGGGUGACUUAAUCAUCCUAUAUUACAUUACAGACUCCUCUGAAAAUGUCCUCCAAAUAUGGGUUAAUCUUUUUUGGCUCUGUUUUGACUUGUGAGUUACAGCAGCAACAAGUGACGGAUUUGUGCUGCGUACAUGAAACCUGUGCUUUCCACAUGGAGCUGAUCAUCCUGUAGAUAUGUUUGCUGUCGGUGGUUUUUAAAAGGUUCUAAACUUUUUAAAAUACUUUCCCUUCCAUUUAAAAGAAAGAGGGAGAGAGAGAAAACUAGCAAUCAAAUGGGAAUAAUCAGGGAUUACUUUGCAACUGUCUCUACCCUUUUUGAAGAGUUUUAUAAGUAAUUUAUGUGGGUCGAUUUUUUUAGUCACUUCCGCUUUUUUUGGUAACAUCGUCAUAUAGUUGAACUUGCUGUACAUAUAUGUCAAUGCUUGUGUACAGAGGUUUAAUAAACAAGAGUUUUUCAUAA